AUGGAGAGAGACGUCUCUCUGCCGGGGCAAGUCUGUGGGCGCAUCAGGCGCUGGCCGCAUCAGGCGCUGGCCGCAUCAGGCGCUGGCCGCAUCAGGCGCUGGCCGCAUCAGGCGCUGGCCGCAUCAGGCGCUGGCCGCAUCAGGCGCUGGCCGCUCUCAGCAUCAAUCUCUGGUUCGUGUACAUCAGACGUCAGAAGGCUGUCGGCCCCCAGCUCCCCCUCCUGCUCCCCCCACAGCCCCAGCUCCUCUCUGCUCUACGCCUCCGAGUCCAACCUGAGCUUCAGCCUCAGGGAGCACUGCAGCACGGCGGCCUUCUCCUCCACGGGAACCUCCCCCAGCUCCCCUCUGCGCAGCCUGCCGCAGUUGCCCUCCUUCCCCUCGAGCUCGUGGAGCGACGAGUGCACCAUCUGCUACGAGAACGAGGUGGACACGGUGCUGUACUCCUGCGGACACAUGUGCCUCUGUUACCAGUGCGGACUCAAGCUCAAGAAGAUGUCCAACGCCUGCUGUCCCAUCUGCAGGAGGACCAUCAAGGACAUCAUCAAGACCUACCGCAGCACGUGA